AUGGCUUCUUAUUCGCUGGAGCAACUGCACCGGUAUUUCAACCGAAUCGGGCUUCCUCAGGUCGACCGACAGUCUAGUGUGGCCCAGAAGGACGAGAAGGUUGCUUUGCAGUUUCUGGAAUUACUGCAGCGUUAUCAGCUGGCUGCUGUCCCGUUUGAGAAUCUCAUUUUGCAUUAUUCGGCCCACCGCACGAUCUCUAUAGACCAUGAGCAGGUUUUCGACAAGAUUGUCAACAAUGCAUCGCGCCGGGGCGGUUACUGCAUGGAGAAUAGCACCCUGUUUGGAACUGUCUUGCGAACCUUGGGCUACAAUGUCACGCCGGUCGGAGGCCGGGUCAAUGAAGCCGUACAGCCGAUGGCAGCAUCAAAGAGCUGGAAAGGCCCGACGUACAAUGGAUGGAACCACAUGGUGAAUAUCGUAACUAUCGGAGACCACCAAUAUCUCAUCGACGUGGGGUUUGGCUCCAAUGGGCCACACCGGCCCGUGCCACUGCUAGAGAACUUUGAGUUCCACAACACCGGAGAUCAAUGUGGUCGGCUCGUUUACGCCCCGAUUGCACAACACACGAGCAAGGGCCAAUUCGUAUGGCAGUAUGAGAUCCGCAAUGGGGCCAAGAACGCAUGGACCCCUGCGUAUUGCUUCACCGGAACUGAGUUCAUACCGGAAGACUUCGAGAUUAUCAACUACUACAUGAGCAGCAACCGAGCUAGUUGGUUUACCUUUCACGUGGUUUGUGUACGAAUGAUCCUCGAUGAGAAGAACGAGGUUAUUGGAGAUUUAACUUUGUUCAACAACACCCUCAAGCGACGAACAGGGGCGACUUCUGAGGUGUUGGAAUCCUUUACAUCAGAAGAGGAGCGCGUGGCAGCCCUGGAGAAGUACUUCCAAAUUUACUUCCCGCGGGUAGAGAGGGAGGGCAUUCGCUACACCAUUUCGGAGAUCAUCUAG